CUCUCUCUCUCUCUCUCUGUCUACACUGUAGUAUGAAGCCAUAACCCAUCCUCUCUGUUGCUACCCACCACACCACCGUGGCACCGUCCCGUUCCGACCUCGAAUAGCCGACAAAAGUCACAGAACCAAAGACGACGAUAAAUUUAUAAUUGUUUAAAAAAUUAAAUAAAUAAUAAAAUAUAAUACUAAAAAAUAUCAAAAGACGAACUCUUUCGCAAAAGCCACCGUACUCACCUCACUAAUAUCACAGCAUUACCCUUUUUUCAUUCUCUCUCUCUCUCUCUAUCUCUACAAUUAGGGGUAGGGCCUCUGGUUUCGCUUGUAGAAUGUGAAAGUGAAACUCAACCUUCGUUCUCUACAAGAUCCGUACUGAAUCGGAGCUUUUUGUUACUAAAUAGCUUUUGUUAAUGGGGAAUUGCUGUAGAUCUCCGGCCGCCGUUGCUAGAGAAGAUGUGAAAUCCAACUUCUCUAGUCAUGAUCAUAGCAAGAAAGAUGCUGCAGCUGCUAAGAAGGCGCCGAUUACUGUUCUUACUGGUGUUCCUAAAGAGAAUAUUGAAGAGAAGUAUCUUGUCGAUCGGGAGCUUGGCCGUGGUGAGUUUGGGGUUACUUAUCUUUGUAUUGAUAGGGAUAGUAGAGAGUUACUGGCUUGUAAGAGUAUCUCGAAGCGGAAACUGAGAACUGCUGUGGAUAUUGAAGAUGUGAGACGCGAAGUGGCGAUAAUGAAGCAUUUGCCGAGGAAUUCUAGCAUUGUGAGCUUGAAGGAAGCUUGUGAGGACGACAAUGCGGUGCAUUUGGUGAUGGAGUUGUGUGAAGGAGGUGAGUUGUUUGAUAGGAUUGUGGCUAGAGGGCAUUAUACGGAGAGAGCAGCUGCGGCAGUCACACGGACGAUUGUGGAGGUUGUGCAGCUCUGCCACAAGCACGGAGUGAUUCAUAGAGAUUUGAAGCCGGAGAAUUUUCUGUUUGCAAAUAAGAAGGAGAAUUCGCCUUUGAAGGCCAUUGAUUUUGGCUUGUCUAUUUUUUUCAAGCCAGGUGAGAGGUUCUCUGAAAUUGUUGGUAGUCCAUAUUACAUGGCUCCAGAGGUGCUCAAGCGAAAUUAUGGACCAGAAAUUGACAUAUGGAGCGCAGGGGUCAUUCUCUACAUUUUGUUGUGUGGAGUUCCCCCAUUCUGGGCCGAGUCAGAGCAAGGGGUUGCACAGGCCAUUCUUCGUGGGAUUAUAGACUUCAAGCGGGAUCCAUGGCCAAACAUUUCUGAGAGUGCUAAGAGUCUAGUCAAGCAAAUGUUGGAGCCAGAUCCAAAGCUUCGACUAACUGCAAAGCAAGUGCUAGAGCACCCGUGGCUCCAAAAUGCUAAAAAGGCUCCAAAUGUUCCUCUUGGUGAUGUUGUCAAGUCAAGACUAAAGCAAUUUUCAAUGAUGAACAGAUUCAAAAGAAAAGCCCUUAGGGUUAUUGCUGAUUUCUUGUCCAUUGAAGAAGUUGAAGAUAUCAAAGAGAUGUUCAGGAAGAUGGACACUGACAAUGAUGGUAUUGUUUCAAUUGAAGAAUUGAAAGCUGGACUCCGGAAUUUUAACUCGCAGCUUGCAGAAUCUGAAGUUCAAAUGCUUAUUGAAUCUGUAGAUACUAAUGGUAAAGGUAUGAUAGACUCUGGGGAAUUCAUUGCUAUAUCCCUUCAUCUACAAAGGAUGGCCAAUGAUGAGCAUAUUCACAAGGCAUUUUCCUAUUUUGACAAGGAUGGCAAUGGUUAUAUAGAACCAGAUGAGCUUCGAGAUGCCUUGAUGGAAGAUGGUGCAGAUGAUUGUACAGAUGUAGCAAAUGACAUCUUCCAUGAAGUGGAUACAGACAAGGACGGAAAAAUCAGCUACGACGAAUUUGUUGCUAUGAUGAAAACUGGAACAGAUUGGAGAAAGGCGUCUCGUCAUUACUCUAGAGGGAGAUUUAACAGUCUAAGCAUGAAGUUAAUGAAGGAUGGUUCGCUAAACUUGGGGAGUGAGUAAACGCCUAAACACGAGCUCGCAAUCAUUAAUUUAUCCAUGAAAAGAAAGUAUUAAGCCGUCAAUGUCCAUCUUAGACUUGCUUUCUUCUGUGAUUAUUUGAUGGGGUUCUUGAUUAUGUGGGAUCCCUUUGGCGUGAGAGCUUACGUCAUUCUGGAGGCUGAUAACAUCUUGUCUCUCUCUCUCUCUCUCUCACUUUCUCUAAAUGUUGAUUUAUGUAAAAAUAGUGUCUUUGUAGCCUUUUGUGAGAUGAUUGUUUCCAGUUGACAAUGUGAGUUUUUGAACUCCAUAGGAGGGCUGUAGUAUAUUCUCGUCAAAGAAAGAAGUAAUGCCAUAUUGCUCCAUUUUGUGCUGCAAA